CUCGUUCCAAAGAGAUUGAAUGAAUUCUGUUGCAUUUUCUUCAAACUAGAGAUCAUACAUGUUUAGUCGAUAGUGCACUAUAAAUUAAAUCGACUAAAAUGUUUUAUUCUUUAGUCUGGUUUCAGCACAUGCCUGCUAUUAAGUAUCAAUUUUAUCUCAAGGCCGUUCAGACCAUAUGUGAGUAGGUAAUUCGUUUUUGAAAGCAAGAAUUGAAUCAACAACGCGCUUUCGCUCGCUUUUGGCGCUAUAUUAUGCCCUAAUAGUUUCGUAUCAGUUAAUAAUGGUUCUGUUUCUUGUUUACACAAGUGAAUAGAUGAAGUGACGUUACUCUAUCUUGAAUACUUGUGAUAUCAGCGAGUUAAAUGAAUGUUUCAAUGUUAUCUUUUAAGUGAGAAAAUUAGUUAAAUAGCAUAUUUUCGCCGGCAGAAGUACUUGGUUAAUAAGAAAAUAAAGCAUAGGAAGCUUUCAGGAUGGAAGAUGUUGAUUAUUUUGUAGACAAACUUAAGUCAUACGGCGUUGGUCGUCGGAAGCUCGAUGAUAUAUUGUUUGUGAAUGACAAACCGCCGCCCAGGCUCGGCGUAUACGACUUCGAUGAGGAAAACUAUUGUCAUGAAGUGAUACAGUCAAUAUGUAACAUUCCAGGGUGUACUUAUACCUCCGAAUCUCUACUGGAGUUUGAAAACCAUUACAAUUCGUGCCAUAGAUACUCUUGCGCCGAGUGCAAAAAGGUUUUACCUUCGCCGCAUUUCCUAGACCUGCAUAUACAGGAAACUCACGAUUCGUUUUUUGCUGUUUUAGCGGAAAGGAAGCCUUCGUAUUGCUGCUACAUCGAAGAAUGCAAACUAAAAUUCAAUACUGGCGAAGAAAGAAACCAGCACUGUGUUAAAGAACAUAAAUUGCCAAAAGAAUUUAGGUUCGAAACGAAACCGAAAGGCAAAACUAAGAAAAAGUCAAAAGCGAACAAAUCGACUGAUGAGGCCGCCAUGGACCUAGACCCAGCGAGUACUAGCGAAGGUAAAAGCAAAUUUCUAUUCAAUAAUAGCAAAUUAAAGACCUUUGCUAAAUACACUGGGCGGAAAUUUACAAAGAGCGAUGACAAGAAAAGCUCUAAAGACGUAAACAUGGAUGCCGUAAUGACUGAUUUAAAAGAAAGUUUACCGGAAUAAAAAGAAAACUAGGUUUAAAUAUAU